GACUCUGCAUACACCAUCAACAAUCCGCACAAAAGAUGGCAUUUUUUAACAGAUGGGCUGGCUUCACUCAUGCUUUCAGGCAAGGUCCUUACCGGAGGAUAAAACCGGCCCUAUGCUAUUUCUGGGAUGCGUACUCGAAGCCUGCACCAGAGACCAUCAGGGAAGGCCUGACCCUCCUGUGCCUGUGUUCCAUUGUGGCCAUGGUUACAGGCGGCUUUCUCUUCCACUGGAUGUCACAGUGCCUGAGAUAUGACCAGCUGGCGUCGGCCACAGUGGCCGGCUUCUAUGCCGUGGCAGCUUUUCUCCUCCUGUCCCUGGUUCACCCCCUUCGCUGCACUCUCGCCCUGAUCCUGCCCUCCCUCGGAACCAAACAGGGGCGCAAGCUGAUCAUUUCCACCUCCAUGAUGCUCCUGGCGCUCAACGUCAUUCCCAACAUCGCCUCCAACGUGGGCGUAGUGGCGCACGUCCUGAAAUGCACCGCUAGCGGCCUGGCCCAAAGUCUUAUCAACUCUUCGGAGCUUGUCAAUACAGCGAAAGGGGACCUCGUCAAGGAGGCGAGGAAAGUCGAUUUUUUAGUGCCCAGGCUUUUGACGGAAUUUGAUCACGACACGAACAUUAACGUGUCCCAAGUCAAACAGAGGUUUGUGGUCGUCAGUCAGCAAAUAGAAAAUGACAUUUCCCACAUAAAAAGAGUCGUUGAGGACAUACGACUAGUGGCAAACAGGCUUCUUGCUGCGUUUUUUGUCAUUUACCUAUUUGUUGAAUCAGCCUUGUACUUAAACACAUACCUAACCAAUGUAAAGUUUGACAACAUAUACAUUACUGGGCAACUGGAGCACAUGGCACGCGAAAAUGGGAUACUUUCUAGUGAUAUGAAAAACAUGGUAUCUUCAACAAGCUAUAAAAUUUCUAAACAGGAAUUUUUGAAAUGUGUACUGCGGCUGGCGGGAGUAUCGUUGUACUUUGUUGUCGUGGUUUUUAUUGUAGUUAUGGAUCAUGCGGUUUGUCAUCUAGUUAAAGCAGGUCAACCCUUGCUUUUGGACCAACCACCCUCGUCAAUCUCCAUCACUAUAAACUACAAGGUGCAGCUCUUCAUCCCCAGCACCUGCAUAGUGUUCUGCAGUAGGAAAAACAAAGUGAACUUUACGAAGGACUACGGCUGGAACUUUGGCUUCAUGUCAGAGCGUUGCACUCUAGAGCCGUCCGAGCCCGAUGCAGGGGUGACUGUCGCCCUGGGGCUGCUCUACCUGCUGGCUUACUCUAUGGUGCUACUGGAGGUCUACGUCAGGAGGGCCCGCAGGAAGGUCUCCGCCUCCUUCUUCCCCACGCAGGAGAGGAAAAGGACGGAGUUCAUUUUUAAGAAAAUACUGACCAGACAGGAGAAACAGAAGGGUGGCAGUUAA